CCACAACCUCAACAUGUCGAGCUCGUUGAUGCCCCGCAGCGACUCCUUCAACGCACGCGUUCGCGGCACCAGCCACAUUGAUUUCAAAACGGCUACCACUGGCGUCGCCGCGAAGGCAAUGCGCAAUGAGAUCAGCCGCCUCGUAGCCACCGUUGACGACCCCGCCACAAAAAAGGCGUUCGACACAGAGAUGCAGUCCUUCUUCUAUCUCUUCACCCGCUAUCUCGCCGAGCGCGCAAAAAGCGUUGACCUCGAUUGGGAUCGGAUCAAGUCCCCCGCUGCAGAUCAAAUUGUUCCCUAUGCAGACCUCCCCAAGCCAAAGGAUACCAAGAAUCUGAGCAAACUCGCUGUUCUCAAAGUCAAUGGUGGUCUUGGAACAUCCAUGGGCAUGACCGGAGCCAAGAGUGCUCUGGAGGUCAAGGAUGACAUGACCUUCCUCGAUCUGACCGUGAGGCAGAUUGAGCAUCUGAACACGACCAGCCGCGUCGAUGUCCCCCUCAUCCUCAUGACCUCUUUCAACACGCAUGAUGAUACCCUUCGCAUCAUCAAGAAAUAUGCGAACCAACAAUUACGCAUUACCACCUUCAAUCAGUCCCGAUACCCCAGGAUCUUCAAAGAAACUCUGCUUCCAUCCCCCAAGCGUGCUGACGACGACAAGAAGAACUGGUACCCCCCCGGUCACGGUGAUUUGUACAAUGCUCUCUUGCACUCCGGCGUCCUUGACCAACUACUGGCCGAGGGCAAGGAGUACCUCUUCGUGUCCAACUCAGACAAUUUGGGAGCUGUCGUCGAUGAAAGCAUCUUGCAACACAUGAUCGAUACUAAAGCAGAGUUCCUCAUGGAGGUGACGGACAAGACCAAAGCUGACAUCAAGGGUGGAACCUUGAUUGAUUAUGAUGGUUCAAUCCGAUUGCUUGAAAUUGCUCAAGUUCCUUCAGAACACGUGGAGGAUUUCAAAUCAAUUCGCAAGUUCAAGAUCUUCAACACGAACAAUCUGUGGAUCAAUUUGAAAGCCCUCAAGAAUGUUAUGGAGAACGAAGGCAUGGAGUUGGAGAUCAUCAUCAACCCCAAGACCACGGAUGAUGGUCAUGCUGUUGUUCAGUUGGAGACUGCUGCUGGAGCUGCCAUCAAGCACUUCAAGAACGCGCACGGUAUUAACGUGCCCCGCAAGCGUUUCCUUCCUGUCAAGAGUUGCUCCGAUCUCCUUCUCAUCAAGAGCGACAUUUAUUCUCUUCAACAUGGACAACUUGUCAUCAACGAGCAGAGGAUGUUUGAAACGACUCCCGUUAUCAAGCUUGGAGACCACUUCAAGAAGAUCCAACAAUUCCAGAAGCGGUUCAAGAAGAUCCCUAAGAUCUUGGAACUUGAUCACUUGACUGUCACUGGAGACGUGUAUUUUGGUCGCAAUGUCACCCUUCGCGGAACCGUGAUUGUUGUUGCCAAUGAGGGGCAGAGGAUCGAUAUUCCAGACGGCUGCAUUUUGGAGAACAGGCUGUUGUCAGGCAACUUGAACAUGAUUGAGCUUUAAUUUGAGGGAGUUUCGCGUUUAGAAUGGAUCCCAAGAUGGCAUCAUGGACUUUUUCAGAAAAUAACUUCGGACGAUUUUGCGUGUCCUUGCCUGGGUUUUAUUCUAGUGUGACUUUCCUUCAAAUUUCAUCUGGCGGCUGGAUUUCGAGCUAUGCCAUUCGCUUUUGUUGUCUGCUCGUUGUCGUCAGGAUGUGCCCCCUACUACAUUACACUUGAAACCGCAAUUAUACCUGGAGCUUUGAGAGCAUACAACCUUUUGAACCAUUGAUCGACUUAUGAAAGUCGAUGUCAAGACUGGUGCAGUGAAAACUUCAUCCUCCAAGAAAUCAAUUCUGGCUGAUGACCAAACCUGUCUUAAGUAUGUACAUGUAACUGACUGUUAAGGUACGAUCCGGUGAAGCAUAAGUAAGUAUCCUCCUGUAGCACUACAGUUCCUAAAUAAUGGG